AUGAGAGAGAAUAAUAUAGAUGUAAAUGUACAAACUACUAAUGAAGAUGACAAUUUUGAUUGGGAAGUAGAUCCGGAAAGAUUGAAACAUUUAGUAGAGAAAUAUAAAGGGGAGGAAUUUCCAUUAUUUAUGGGUGAAGAUGUACUUGAUUCUAAUAAUGUACAUAUACAAGCUCUUCAAUCCUUAAUUUAUGAUGAUGAAACACCAGAAAGUCUUGCAGAGCAAUUUCGAAUAGUAGGUAAUGAAUAUUUUCAAGAUGGUCCAAAACGUUAUAAAGAUGCAAUUUUGUCAUAUACACGUGGUAUAAGACAAAAUAGUAAUAAUAAAAAGAUAAAUUCAUUACUUUAUUCAAAUAGAGCUCAUAUUUACCUUUUAAUGAAACGAUAUGUUGACUGUGUUAAUGAUUGUAGAUAUUCAUUACAAGAGGAUCCAACUAAUAUUAAAGCUGCAUAUCGUGGUGCAAAAGCUUCUUUAGAGAUGCAUCUUUUUCGUCAAUCAUUAAAUUUUGUUAAUCAUGGAUUAAAAUAUGAUAAUAAUAAUGAAGAACUUUUAAAAUUAUAUCAAUUAUCUAGAGAUAAAUUAGAAUGUAUAGAAGAAAAAAGAAAGAUAUUAGAUUUAAAUAAUGAAGAUAGGUCUCAAAAAGAUAAAGUACAAUUAAUUAUUAAAGAAAGAAAUUAUCAGCUAAAUGAAGCUAUUUAUGAUGCUAUAUAUACACAUCAUCAUAAUAUAAACUUAAAAAAUAAUGAACUUAUAUUUCCCAUAAUGAUUUUAUUAGAUGAGGUUAUGCUUUGUGAAUUUAUAUGUGAAGCUAAUGAAAAUUCUAAAAUAAGCGAUCAUUUAAAAAUCAUGUUUCCAGGUGAUAGGUUUCUUGAAUGGGAUUCUCAAAAAGUAUAUGUUUGGAAUAAAUUAAGUAUAUUUUAUGAAUCAGGGUAUCCAUAUGAACAUACUGUAUGGGAGGUUUCUAUUAAUAAAACAAUUAAAGAAAUUUUAGAUCAGAUUAAGAUCAUUCCAAAAUGUCCUACAUUUCAUAUUAUUGCUAGUAGUUCUCAAUAUAUUCAAGAAUUUACUAAUACUAUAUACAAAGUAAUUAAAGAUCCAUCUCUUAUAAGUUAA